AUGGAGGAGGUCCUUGGCCGAGUGCCGCCUUCAAGUCAAGAGACAUCCUCGCUAGCAGCAGAGACGCGGCUUCUGCGACAGCAAACGCAGGAGCUAGUGAAGGAAAUUCGGCUGCUUCGUGAGUCGCUCCAACAAAGGAAAGGAGCUCAGGCCGGCAGCGCUACGCGCCAGCGGCAGCCUGAGAUACAGUGA